UUAGCAUACGAGUUGCGACCGAGAAGAGCGAGCUGUUUGUCAACCGGCGAGAUAAAGGUUUGGACAGAAGAAAAUGGGAGAACUACCAGAACCAAUUCGUGAACCAGAGAUCAAAUUUACACAGAUCUUUAUCAACAAUGAGUGGGUAGAUUCUGUGAGUGGUAAAACCUUCCCAACCAUCAACCCAAGCACCAAACAGAAGAUAGCAGAUGUACAGGAGGGAGACAAGGCAGAUGUGGACAAGGCUGUCGCAGCAGCCAAGGAAGCCUUCAAACUUGGAUCACCAUGGAGACGAAUGGAUGCAAGCAAGCGUGGGAAACUAAUGAUGAAGUUUGCUGAUCUGUUAGAAAGAGACGCUGUUUACAUAGGGAGUUUAGAGACUCUAGACAAUGGCAAACCAUUCAAAAUGGCCUAUGGUGAGGUAUUCUUCUCUGCUGACUGUAUCCGAUAUUAUGCAGGCUGGGCUGACAAAAUACAUGGCAAAACCAUCCCUAUUAAUGGAGAUUUUUUUAGCUUCACUAGACAUGAACCUAUCGGAGUCUGUGGUCAGAUUAUUCCAUGGAACUACCCAGUGCCCAUGUUUGUGUGGAAGAUAGCUCCAGCUUUGGCCACUGGUAAUGUGGUGGUGGUGAAGCCAGCUGAACAAACCCCUCUUACAGCCUUGUAUUGUACACAACUACUUAUGGAGGCGGGUUUUCCGAAGGGCGUUAUAAAUGUCGUGCCAGGCUAUGGCCCCACAGCAGGGGCAGCGAUUUCCUCCCAUAUGGAUGUGGGCAAAGUGGCUUUCACAGGAUCAACUGAGGUUGGCCAGUUAAUUAUGCAGGCGGCAGGAUGUUCUAAACUUGGUGGCAAAAGUCUCAUUUUCUCUGAUGCAAUGACUAGUGCUGUGGACUUUGCCCAUGAGGCUGUGAUGACUAACAUGGGGCAGUGUUGUAUUGCUGGCAGCCGAACCUUUGUGCAGGAAGAUAUCUAUGAUGAAUUUGUCAAGAUGAGCAUUGCGAAGGCUGAAAGUCGGAAAGUCGGAAACCCUUACGACAAGUCAACACAAAGUGGACCACAGAUUGAUGAUGAACAGUACAAUAAGAUUUUGGAGCUGAUUGAAUCAGGGAAGAAAGAAGGAGCCACCUGUGAGUAUGGUGGUGCAAAGGAUAGUGAUGAGGGAUACUACAUCAAACCGACAGUGUUUUCAGGAGUUCAGGACCACAUGAGAAUCGCCAAGGAGGAGAUAUUUGGCCCAGUCCAGCAAAUUUUGAAAUUUAAAGAUAUGGAUGAGGUGCUAGAGCGCGCCAACAGUACACAUUAUGGCCUGGGUGCAGCUAUCUUUACCACUAAUAUUGAUAAGGCUAUGACCUUUGUUCAAGGGGUCAAGGCCGGGACUGUGUGGGUAAACUGUUACAACGUUGUGAAUCCCCAGGCUCCAUUUGGUGGUUUCAAGAUGUCCGGACUUGGCCGGGAGCUGGGCGAGUAUGGUCUACAGAACUAUUUGGAGGUGAAAAAUGUUGUCAUGAAGGUCCAAGAGAAGAAUUCCUAGACAUGUAUUGAAUUAACGAGUUCGCUGAAGCAGAAUCCCUUUUUUCUGAUGAUUUAGAGAAUAAAUCUAUUUUUAUGUAAAGCAAAACUAUGAAAUGGACUCAUAUGAUUUCAUAAUUUGAAACAUUAUGAAAACAUGCUUUAUGAUGUAAAUUCAUUACAAUUUGUUUUUAUUAAUUAGCACAUAAAAUUGAAAAAAGGGUAUUUCACAGAUUUAGAUUACUUAACAUUUUCUUUUGUAGUUACUGUCAAAAAUGGUACAAAAAAGUAGUUAUUUAAGUCAUAACUGUUGUGAACCUGUUUCCUCGUCUCCCUUCACAAAAUGUACAUUUUCCAGCACAUUUUGGUCCCCGGUGUUUCGCAUGCAUAAUUUUGCGACCAUGUUAAAUUUUGACAAUUGCAAUGUGUAUUUGUAAGAAAGUGUACUAUGUCUUUAGAAGUCAUGGAUGCAUAAUUCAGAAUUAUUUCCUAAAUUUCCUGAGUAGAUUUCCUUUGAACUCAUGUCAUGCAUAAUAAUUUUCCAACAGUGAAGGGUGAAGGCUGUAGUUGUCUGUCCUUCUGUCCACUUCUUCAGGCUGUAUGGCCUUCACUGCUUGUCACUGUACCUUGAUACUUACCACCUUGAUGAGGCGCUUCAUCAUGUAUCAAAAGUAGGUCAUUCCGACCUACAUUUGUUCUUUGACCUACAUCAGAGAAAAAAUGUUGAUCUGAGCACUUUUUCCUGUAAACAUCUACCAGUAGUCACUUCUUGGGGAUGCAAGUUCAAAUUGGUUAGAUGAUGUUUCGUUGGGAAAUUGUAUGUAAUUUGCCAACUUUUCUUGUUAGUUUUGGAACUUGAUAAAGACUGAAUGUUCAACAGAUAAGCAAAUAAAAGGAAAGACAUUAAUGUUGUAUGUAGAACAAGUGAAGAUCAUGCUUCAGUAGACAGUGAGGUCCCCUUUAGUGGAUUCUAUUGUUAUAUACGCAUUUUAAAAUCAUGUUUAAAUGUAUCUUAUUAAGAGAAGUGUUCCCUUUCAUUUUUUUAAUUUACAUAUAUAUAUAUAUUGUCAAAAUGCUUCAGGUAAACAGAUUAUAAAACAUCAAAAUUCUAUUUGUGCAAUGAUUUAAUAUGAUUUACACACUACGACAGUCACAGAAAUCAAACAGAAUUUACCUCAUUUUGUAAGUCUUCAUUUUUAAUCAUAUAAAUGGAAUGUUUAUGAUUCAGAACCAAUUUUGAGACAUUUAUACUUAUUUAGUGCCUUUUACAUACUAUUCUAGAACCUACAUGUAUUACGCAGUUGUAUGUGUCCCAUAAUUUUCUGUAUUUGUUGAAAGUUAAAUUCAAUAUUGUUGAUUUUUUGCAGAUAUUGUGAGUGCUAUAUCAAAUUUCACAUUAAAAAUGAUGGUGUAGGAGUUUUGUUUAGAAUGAUGGUUAUAUAUUUCUGUAGGUAAAUACUUCAUGCAGUCAGUACACUGGUAUAUAAUGUUGGUAUAGGAAUGUUGUGUAGACAGACGGUUUUAUAAUUCCGUUGGUGUCAGUCAGUACACUGGUAUAUAACGUUGGUAAAGGAAUGUUGUGUAGACGGAGGGUUUUAUAAUUCCGUUGGUGUCAGUCAGUACACUGGUAUAUAACGUCGGUAUAGGAAUGUUGUGUAGACGGAGGGUUUUAUAAUUCCGUUGGUGUCCGUCAGUACACUGGUAUAUAACGAUGGUAUUUGGGUGUCUUGGUAUUGCAUUCUGUAAUAUUGUUGGCAGUGGUCUGCGAUACAUAUACAGUAUUUAGGUCUGUACCAAGAGUAUCAUGGCUAGUUACAUAUUUGUGAAAUAAAGGUUUGUUGAGUAA